AUGUUAAAGGUGGUCCUUUACUGCUUCACUACAUCAUACAUACUCAUGGACUUUUCUGAGUUAUUAGAAACAGAUAAUGCCGGUUCCACUUGCCCCCUACCCCCGCCACCUCCAUAUACGCCUCCACCAAGUGGUCCGCAGAGUCAACUUGUCUGUUCUGGGUGUAGAAACCUUCUGCUUUAUCCAGUUGGAGCCACCUCUGUGUGUUGUGCUGUUUGCAAUGCAGUCACAACCGUGCCACCACCUGAAAUGGCCCAGUUAGUGUGUGGAGGCUGUCACACUUUACUCAUGUACAUCCGUGGAGCCACAAGUGUGCAAUGCUCUUGCUGUCACACAGUCAAUCUAGCUUUGGAAGCAAAUCAGGUGGCACAUGUCAACUGUGGGAACUGUAAGAUGCUACUGAGGUACCAAUAUGGAGCAAGAUCCGUGAAAUGUGCCGUUUGCAGUUUUGUAACAUUAGUUGGGGCCUCAACAAGUACUGCUGAGCAGAAAUUCAGUACUUAAAUGGUUGAAUCGUUCUUUAAAAUGGGUUGCAGGCACCACUACCUUGGUUUUAAUUGUUACAACUCAUCACUCUUGAGGAGUAACGAGUGCAUAUGUGAUAUCAGAGAAAAUUUUCCCCUCAAAUGUAUGAACUGUUUUUCCCUUUACUGAAAUAAUUAAAUAAUUUUGGUAUAUUGGUGUACCAUGUACUGCUUUAUUUGUAAGCAGUGUAAGCCUCUUAAGGAAUCGAUGUCGCCCCAACAGUGUCAAUGUCA